AUGGCAAUGAUGGCCGGGGCGCCGUCCAUGGAGGUGGAGCAGGACCUCCCGGGCUUCCGGUUCCACCCUACCGAGGAGGAACUCCUCGGCUUCUACCUCUCCCGCGUCGUCCACGGCAAGCAGCUCCACUUCGACAUCAUCGGCACCCUCAACAUCUACCGCCACGACCCCUGGGACCUUCCUGCGAUGGCGAAGAUCGGGGAGCGGGAGUGGUACUUCUUCGUGCCGCGCGACCGCAAGGCCGGCAGCGGCGGGCGGCCGAACCGGACGACGGAGCGCGGGUUCUGGAAGGCCACGGGGUCGGACCGGGCCAUCCGGAGCUCAGCCGACGCCAAGCGGGUGAUCGGGCUCAAGAAGACGCUCGUCUUCUACCAGGGGCGCGCCCCGCGUGGCACCAAGACGGACUGGGUCAUGAACGAGUACCGCCUCCCCGACCACGCCGCCGCCGGCCGCGCCGCGCCGCCGCCUCCCAAGGAGGACAUGGUGCUCUGCAAGAUCUACAGGAAGGCCACCCCACUGAAGGAGCUGGAGCAGAGGGCCUCUGCCAUGGAGGAGAUGCAGAGGCGCAGCAGCGAGGCCAGAGCAGCAUCCCUGGUCCAGGCCGCAGGCUCCGCCGGCGACGACUACCUGUCGGUGUCGUCGGACGACGCCCACGAUAGCAGCUUCCUGCAGUUCCCAUCCUCGUCCUCGUCCUCGUCCUCGUCCGCGCCGUCGGGCGACAGCUACGGUGCGCCCGCGCCCGCGCCCAGGGAGGCCAAGACGGAGGCCGCGGACACCACGGCGGUCACGGUGGCGUCGACGUCGUCGUCCCUGGUGCAUGCAGCGAGCAUGGCGGCCCCGGCGGUGAGGCACGCUGACCUGCCCACCCUUCAGGUGCCGACGAACAACCUCGGAGUGGCGGACUGGACGCAGAUGCAGGACCCGUUCCAGCUGCGCAGCCCGUGGCAUGACCAGCUUUUCUUCUCUCCCUUAGCCAACCUGCUCUACUGA